AUGGACGAUUGGGAAGACACAUUAACAAGUGAUUUCUACGACGUCGAAGAAAGCGUUGAAGACUUUCUUUAGUCUCCCCUUUUACAUGAACACGCUAACUCAACGUCUUCAAAUAAUGAACAGAUUCUCGAGCAGCCAGCAAGCAGUAAUACUAGCCCUGUAGAACCAGUGGGGGGCAAUGCGCAACCUGUUCAUGAAAUGCCUGGGGAAUCUGUGCUUCAAGAGGCGGCAGUUGGGCAUGAAGAUUUAACUGCCAGUGGUAAUAACACAAUUAUAUUGGAUGGUGGUGUAUCGCAAGAUUUAGCAUGUAAUUCUGCAGCCCCAGACGAACCUAAAGUUUGUGUCACUAAAAUAUCUUUCAACGGCUCUAAAACAAAGGCUAAUUAUGACCUGUCAUCGCCGCAAUAA